GAUCUGGAAUGUUGACGUUAAACGUCAAAAAUAUUUAGUUGAGCCAAAUUUUAUUAUUUUGAAAGUUAUUCUACCUUAAUUUAGGUCGUUAUUAAGUGUUUCGUAAGUUAUGCACGCGUUGUAAUAUUUUCUUAAAGUACAAAUAAGUAUAAAAAGUACAACAAAACGAUGUCUUACCAUCCUGGGUGGAUAAGAGGAAGAGGUAGGUACUCAGAUUACCAUGGGAGAGGUAGUGAUAGACAGCAGAGGACUGUGAACCACCCUGUUGCGGAAAAAGCUAGUGUUUCAAGUAAAAACAUAUCAAAACAUGACAAUAACUGCUGCUCAGAUAUAAGUAUUUCCUUGGACCUCAAUGAGAGUGAACUCAACUUUUUCACAGAUUUAAAAAAUAUGUGGAACAUGUUAAAAAAGAGUCCACCAGUAGUAAGCAAACUUCACAUGUACUUCCAUACCUCAGAUAAUCCUUAUAUACAAGUGUUAAGGCUUUUGUGUAGCUGUCAAGAAUUUUAUAAUGCUAAAAGUAAAACUCUGCCUAUGUUUAUAAUUGAAGAGUUCAAAGUUUGGAGUGCAAUAUCUAGGAAUAACAUAAUACAUCUGCUGACGCAUCAGCUAAAAAUGGAUGCUUUCAAAAUAUCCCUGAGACAGAAUUCCUCAACUCUGACAAAGCUGAUUAUAGAGGUAUUCGAAUUUAAAGAGGAAAGGGAGUUGUUUCUAGAAAUGAUUAAGUGUUUGAUUGACAAGAAGCAAUAUAAAGAGGCUUGCCAGUACGCAACACUUCUAAGCCUACAUAAUCAUUUUACUAUCGACGAUUUUUUAAUACCAUUAGUUUUACAAGAUAGACUUUUUGGUGUUGACGAUUUCUUAAAAAAUAAUCCCAUGCAUCAGACGGAACUGGUCCGUUUUUUGGACAGCGUCUUGGCCAAUCCUUCUGUAAGAGAAACGAUGGGAGACUAUGUAGCUAAAAGGGGCAUCCCCGAGCUAAAAUACGAAAAAAUGCACGCGAAACCUUGGAAAAAAUUGAUAACCAGAUUGGUAAAAAUGUUCAAAUUGCCGCCCGAAUUAACGCCCAAUUUAAAUAAAAGAAGAAACGAGGGCGCCCUCAAUUUCCUCUUGCAUAAGCGAUUUAUUGAAAACAGUUUCGGCGACGAAAGUUGGAAGGAAAUGGUACAGGAAGCCGUGGGCGACGAGGAAGAGCUACAGAAGGAAUUGGUGUACCAGGUGGCCCAAUACGGGGACCUAUCGGAAGCGUUAAAAUGGGCGCAUCACUAUAAUUUAGACAGGAAAGAUUGGCCGUACAGCGUUAGGAUGUUGGACGAAAAUCCGGAUGGAAAUAGGGCUCAACAAAAGGCGUUCCAACAGGAAUACAUCAGUUGGGACGACGAACUUGUCGAACAAACUGAAGCGCCGGUUGAGUACCACAAGAUGGCGCUACCAACGACAGGGAUCGUUUUGAUAGACGAUCCGCAGAAGUUUGAGAAUUUCUUGGACAUGGCUUUACAGGAUGUGUAUAUAAUUGGAAUAGAUUGCGAAUGGAAGCCGAGUUUCGGGGGACAGCUGAACGAGUUGGCCCUGAUGCAAAUAGCGACUAGAAAAAAUGUGUUCAUACUCGAUAUUGUAAAUAUCGGCAACAAGUGUCCACAUCUGUGGCAAGAACUUGGGAAGUUCAUCUUUAAUAAUUGUGAUAUAUUGAAAGUAGGUUUUAGUUUAACAGGUGAUAUGCAUAUGAUAAGACAUGCACUACCGCAUCUUAAUUUUACAACAAAACAAGUAGGAUUCCUAGAUCUGUGUUCAUUCUGGAAAAUUUUAGAAAAACAUCCGGAAGUGAAACUACCAUUUGAAGUACAAAAAGGCGGUCCCAGCCUCAGCACCCUGGUCCACCAUUGUCUGGGCGCUCCCCUGGACAAAUCCGAUCAGUUUUCGAAUUGGGAAAAAAGGCCUUUGCGCGAAAGUCAAAUUCUGUAUGCCGCCUUGGACGCUUACUGCCUAAUCGAAUGCUAUGACAUACUGAAAAAAUGUUGCGAAGAGGUUAAUUUUCCUUUCGAGGAAACGUGCUACAAUCUCAUGACGAACGAAAAAAUGCCGAGGAAGACGCCCAAGAAGGUCGGAAAUAAAAAGAAAUACAAUCCGAACGCUAAAGAGAUCUGCCAACCUCCUAGUCAUCAUUCUGAAUCCGUAUCUGCUGAUAAAAUGAAAGUAGUCUGUGAUACGAUGCUUCAAGGUCUCGGCAAGAAGCUGCGUAGCUGCGGCAUCGACACCGUUAUCUUGGAGAACAAUCAAGACCAUACGGUCUGCGUUAAAUACGCGGUGGACGAGAACCGGUACAUCCUCACCAAGGGCUUCGAAACAUUUAAAUUGUUAAAAGGAUAUGUUCCGGAAGGCCAUUGUCUAAAAAUCAACAGCGAGAACGUCGACGAACAAAUUAGAGAAGUUUUAGACUAUUACAAAGUGACGGUAACGAAAGAGCACGUGUUCAGUAGAUGCCAGGUAUGCAACGGUAACAACUUUGUGAAAUUGUCUCGUUCCACUAUCGAUGCGUUAUUUCAAGCCGCUGAAACGAGAUAUUGCGCUCCGCCACCAUGUCUCUACGAGGACGAAGCCACAGGAUUUUCCAGCGAUGAGGAUUAUUAUGACGAUUAUGCACCUCCAGCGGUUUCGUAUUCAGCCGGUAGAAAGUGGGAUUUGUAUCCGGACGAAAAGGUGGACGUGGGGCUUUGCAAAACGCGCCUAGGCGCGAAAAUCCAAAUCGAAUCGGUACCGAAGCCGUUGCUGAGCAAAUACGACUUUUUCUACGUCUGCGAGGAGUGUGGUAAAGUGUAUUGGGACGGCUCGCAUUUCGAGAAAGUCAUCAACGGGAGCUUUCAGGGAAUUGUGUAAUCUUUUAUUUCAUUUCAUCGAUAACAAAACAAAAUAUUUUAAUAAGGUUUAAUUAUUUUUAAUCGAUUUACCAACUACAAUAAAAACAUGUUAAUCUCUA